GGAUGGAUUAUCCUUCAAUUAUGAAUGAGUCUGAGAAGAGAUCAUCGGUUUCUGUACCAUCAGCACCCCCUCAACCGCCAAAUCCUUCUUCAGAGAUCGACCACUCCAAUCAUUGGACAGCCACUGGAGUUCCAGUCCAUAUGACAAACCAACCAAACCCUCCUCCAAGACCUGCUGCCAACCCUGACUUGAAAUCUCAUCCUGAAUCUCCAGUACCUUGGUCCACUGGACUCUUCAAUUGUUGCGAUGAUGUUAACAGUUGUUGCUUAACUUGCUGGUGUCCAUGUAUUACAUUUGGGCGAAUUGCAGAAAUUGUUGAUAGAGGAUCGACUUCAUGUGGAGUGAGCGGAGCACUUUACACGUUAAUAUUGUUCGUGACUGGUUGUUCGUGUUUGUACUCAUGCUUUUACCGAUCCAAAUUGAGAGGACAGUAUUUUUUGGAGGAGAGCCCAUGCACAGAUUGCUGUAUCCAUUGUUGUUGCGAGGAAUGUGCUUUGUGUCAAGAGUAUAGAGAGCUCAAGAAACAUGGCUUUGACAUGUCCAUAGGGUGGCAUGGGAACAUAGAAAGGCAGAAACGAGAAGCUAAAAAGCCUCCAGCAGUGCAAGGGGCCAUGACGCGGUGAAUUGUAUAGCCACAAAAUAUUGUUGCAAUGUACUAGUACUUCUUAUCUUAAUUAAGCCUGCAUGAACCAUUUAUAUCUCUGACAAAUUAGGUGUCUACAAUACUGUCGGUGACAGUAUUGAGAUUCGUUGAUUUGUCGUGAGCACCAAUUAAAAUUGCCUU